GACUGCUCCGCUGCUGCCGGCGAGUUGGGGGCGGACCAGCGGAGGGCCAAGCCGGGCCACGGGGACAUCCGGAAAAUUGGGGGCGGCGCAACGGGCAGCCGCCGUCGGACGGCCGGAGAGCGGAGCUGCGGAGGGCAGAGCUAGGUCUCUUCCAUGAUUCCCUUGACGUUGAUCAGACAACUUGCUCGACUAGAAAUUAGGGGAUGCCCUUCGAGCGCUCGGGAGCGGAUGCCCUUUUGGUCAAAGCUGGGCCAGAAAUUAGGGGUACCCAUUUAUUUUUUCAGAUUUCUGGGUGGGCCACGGCCCCACCGGCCCCCCCCCCGCUGCGUCCGCCCAUGCUUUUAGGAGAUGUGUUAGAGUUGAUAUUAGUUGUUGAGUUUUUAUGUUUUAAUCCAAAUUCAUAUUAAAGAGAGGCUAACUUCUGACGAGCAGAGUGAGACCCGUCGCCAGGGAGACGCAUGAGGGUGUGGAUCGACACCAUCUAUAUAUACCUCUUGUAAGCCACCGACUAAGAUUUUUCAGAUUAUAACAUAACUCAUGAUAUUUGUAAACACUUUCUGAUAUAGUAAAAUUUUGCUGACUCGCGCUCAUAAUUUCCCCUUCUAUAUUAGAUGGGUUUUCCACGUUAAAAUCGUGUGUCUCCACUAGAGGGUCCAUGGAGCCGAUGGGGUGCACGAUGGCCGGAAGAGGAAGAGAGGAGAGUGCUGUGCAUGUGGCCGAUCGUGGCCGCGUGGUGCUACCAUGUGGCGAUAAGCAUCGUCAGGAGACAACAAGCAGCCAUUAGCAUAGCAUAAGGCAACUGCGGAAGGGAACACCAUGAGUGAGAGAGAGCCACCCACCCCCACCAGAGCGCCUCGCCUGCUCCAGGCCGGGGCGGCCACCCCAAAUCCCGCCUCCCCCAUCUCCGGGCAGCCCAUCCCUCCGGUGACAGGCUACGGUGCUUCCUCCCCCGUAGGCCUCGAUCUCCGCUUCGGUUCCAUUACUCCUGAGAUUGCCGCGGCGUCCGCUGGAGGCUGCCAAAGCCGGGAGAUCCGGGUCACGCGGCUGGUGCCUGUCUCGCCUUCAAGGACGCCUGCGGCGCCGGUGGCAGCUACUACGCCCCUCCGCGAGCCUAGCUUGGUGGAUCUGACGGGCCUCGCUUCCCCCGAGGUCCUGCCGCCUCCGCCCGUUCUCAAGGCAGGGGAGCGACAGGUCCGCGCUGCCGAUGUCGCGAAUCUCAAGAUUGCCGGCAGCGGCCAGGUCAGUCGCCCUCCAGUUCGGCUGAGGUCCAUUAUCGUUGCCCCUUUGAAGGAUCCGACGGAUUCAAAGCUGAAGACCGUCUCAGAUACUGAAGGAAAGUGGCAAGAUGUACUCCCCAAAUAUUGGUGGCGCAAAAUUAAUCCUCCCUCUUCGGGAGAACGGCGAGCUGGAAAUCGGCAGAGGCAUUCAAGGAAGCUUGAGCCAUCUCCAAACCUGGAUCGCUACAAAGGGCUCUGUUUUCGCUGUCUCUCAGCAUUUCAUUUCGUCCGCAACUGCACAGGGCGUGUGCACUGCAUCGAGUGCAAGAGACCGGGCCACAUCGGCCGCAACUGCACCAACAAGCAGCCCUUCCCACAGGCAGCUCCUCCGCCGCCUCCACCACCACCACGCCACGCCGGUCAGUCGCCGGCAAGCGCCGCGGUUUGGCCGGUGCUUCGACGCGCUGCCGCACCAACAAUGGCGCUGUCGCCGGGGCACCCGUCCAACAGGCCGGACGAAGUCUUCAGCAUCUCCGUCAGCACUCCCGCCAUGGAACGGGCGGCCACUGAGAUGAGGCGCACCCACCUCGCCAUCCUCAUCUCCGACCCAAGACUCAACAUCAGCACGAAGUCCAUCGCCAAGGCUCUCCAAGAUGAGCUCGGCUUCGAGUGGGAUGACAUCCACGUCUCAGCUUCGUUCCCCGACGACUUCCUCGUCAGAUUCACGCAUCCCUGGCAGCGUGACAUGGCCCUGGAGCUGGGCUCCGUGAAGCUGCGCAGAGGCACGAUGGCCCUCACCACCUGGUCGCCGACGGCGCGGGGCCGGCCACAAACUUGGCGCUACUACUGUCGAGUUGCCCUCGAGAGCCUGCCUCUCAAUGCUUGGAAGGACGAAGACACUGUCAAGGCCGUCCUCGGCGGCGGCUGCGAGCUGGAUAGGAUCGAGCAACGCUCGGUGCUGCAGGACAACACCGCCGCACUCUUCGCCUGGGUCUGGUCACUGGAUCCCGACCUGAUCCCCUGCGUCAAGCCACACUCAAUUCUUGACAGGCCGGCCGUGGGGCGUGCAGACCUGCCGGAGGGCACACCUGCGGAGGAGGGAAGAGAUGGGCCGUUGUAUCGUGUCCUCAUCCAUCUGGACACGGUCAUCGACUACUCCCCGAUUGAUGAAAGCCGCCGCAAGCGCGGGUAUGCAUGGCCAAACAAGAUAAGGCGCGAGUGGGAGUUUGGCACCAAGGACAAUGCUCUUGGCUCAAGGCGGCGACCAGGCCGGGACCGUUUGGGCCCUUCGAACCAUCGCCACGACGACAAAGAAGACCGGCGGGACGACCGCGAUGGCCGUCGCGGAGAGCGCCGCAGCAGCCGCCAUGGCGGUGACCGCGGCGGCAACGGCGAGAGCUCACGUUGGAAUGCUGGCGGCCAGCACUCACGCCACGGCGGAGACCACCAGGAUAGGCGCGCCUCGCGAUCACCUGACUAUCGUCGUCGCGGGGGCUCCUCCCGUCACCGCUCCCGAAGCCCGCCUGCUGCGCAUGCAGCAAGGGCGACCUCUGUCGCAGCUGGCGCGGACGAGGCGGCACAGCACCUGAGCCCGCUCAUCCUCCCGCCGGUGCUGGAACACACCCCUCGCCGCCGCAGAAGCCUGCCGCGCACGCCAGAGGGAAGCGACGCAAUGGGAGCCACUCCUUCGCCUCCUCCAGGGACCGAUCGCCGCAUGUGCAUGGCCAGCCCGAUGCAAACCUCUCCACCACCAAGACUUGACGACUGCAACUACAUGCUGUGCUCCCCAAACACGGAGCAUUUCGAUGCAAGCACCAAUGGCGUGCCAGCGCCUCCCUCACCGCAGAUUCCUUGGGCAGCUCUUGUGGACGCUCAGCCGCCAGCCGGAGAAGCAAAUGCCUAUGAAGAUUGCUGGUCAGCCAACAUCGUCGACAUCUGCCAGCCAACUUUGGUGCCUCAGGCUGCACCUGGUCUGAUGCACACGGAAGGAUGGCCCGAGCUGGAGGUGGAGCACUCUGGCGAGCACAACCCGUCGUUGCACUCCCUGCAGACCUGGCACGGCACCUGGGAAGCGGAUCCACAUGUUGACCGUCUGUUCGGACCAGGCUGCGAAGAGCAGAGCGAGAGGCUGAUGGAUCAAACGAUCGGGACUCCUGUCAAGGAGCGGACUGUGUACGAGAUGAGCGAGUUCUGCGCUCUCCUGGAGCCGGUGUCGGCUGGAUGGCAACUCCAGGACAUCUUUGCCACGCCACAACAGCGAAUUGAUCCACAGCCCGGCUAUGACACACAGCAGCAACACUCAUCACCACCAGAGCUGUCCUCCGACCUUGAUGACGACCAGCUCUUAGAGGUAACCCUGAAGUCUAAUGCGCUGAGGGCGCUUAGAGAAGCGGAUUUGUGUGGACCAGAGUGUGCGAUCCAGGAGCAAGAUGGAGCAGAAGCAGAGGGUUUCGAGCUACAAGGACCAGCUCUCAUGGAGGAUGUGACGACCAGGGUCGCGGAGAUGCACGUGGACCCGAAGACCGGGAUCAUGAGUAAGCUAAUGGGGAUGUUCUCCCCCUCGCUGCUUGGUUUCCCAACAAACAGCUCAAGGAAAAAGAAGACUGAAUCAAAGAAGAUGGCCAUCUCAUCCCGCCGCAGCGAGCGUCCAGCAACCAGGACAUCCACCAUGAUGACCACAAGGAGGGCCCAAAUGGCGGCCUGCAAGCAACUGGGCCUGAUUCAGCGCGAGGAGGAGUUCACGGAUGAGGUCCUGGCCCAGUAUCUCGCCCUCUUCCGCCAGCCACUGUCAUCCACCAACCUACAGGGCCUGGCCGCUCUUGCUGACAUGUCGGGACGGCCCAGUUUCGUCCUACCUGAGGGAGACAUGGCAGAGCUUCUGUCGGAGUCGCCUUACGCGACUUGAGAUCUCCAUGGUCUGCCGCACGACGAUCAACUCCAAUGGAUUGUGAAACCACAUGUACCCGAUGUAGUAGCUGCUGUCCUGUCCCUGUUUGUGUUUUCUUAGUGCUGAGAAGGGUCGUGAUCGCCUUUACCUGUAGCCGGCGAAACCGCCAUCUCAAGCAAAGUCCUGUCCCUGUUUGUGUUUCCUUAGUGCUGAGAAGGGUCGUGAUCGCCUUUACCUGUAGUCGGCGAAACCGCCAUCUCAAGCAAAGUCCUCGUCAGAACUAUGUAAUGCCAUGCCGGCCCUGCAUCGCCCUUACCUGUAGCCGGCGAAGCAGCCAUUUCAUGCUAUUAGUCUGUGGGUGGGGUAUCCUCUGGU